AUGUUAACUAGUAUUCUCACUCUGAAAUACCCGAUUGAGCACGGUAUCGUCACAAAUUGGGAUGAUAUGGAAAAGAUCUGGCACCAUACCUUCUACAAUGAGCUCCGAGUUGCACCAGAAGAGCACCCCGUCCUGCUCACUGAGGCUCCACUCAACCCCAAAGCUAACCGUGAAAAGAUGACCCAAAUUAUGUUCGAGACCUUCAACACUCCUGCUAUGUACGUUGCCAUCCAAGCCGUUCUUUCUUUGUAUGCUUCUGGUCGUACUACUGGAGUUGUACUCGAUUCGGGAGAUGGUGUCACCCACACUGUCCCUAUCUAUGAGGGUUACGCUUUGCCUCACGCUAUCCUUCGUCUUGAUCUCGCUGGACGUGAUUUGACUGAUUAUUUGAUGAAGAUUCUGACUGAGCGCGGAUACUCGUUCACAACCACAGCCGAACGUGAAAUCGUUCGAGAUAUCAAGGUUGGUCAUCUAAGCAGAACCUUAUUGGCGUGUCCGUAAAG